GGCAAUUUAAAUCUCAAGCGACGGCACACUUAAAGAAUAUUACGUAUUGCGGGAAAGCAAAACAAGCUCAUUCAACCGGCCCACAGGACAACGACUCCUCGUGCGUUAAAUGCUGUUUACGGGUUUUUCGCCCAAAUGUUGAUGGCUUGCAAAUAUGAGUGUAUAAAAAUGUAAGUGUGUGUGUGUGACUGUGUGUGUGUGUUCUUUUUGUGUGUGCAUUAGUGAUGUAUAAAGUGUCAGCAAUAGAAGAAACACAUUAUAAUUGCGCAGGACAAGCAAUUUGGUUGAUGUCCACCAUCCAGAUAAACAAGGAUAAAGUAGGAUAACAGCAGGAGUGGCCAAAGCAGCUUCAGGCUGGCAGCAAAAGUUCUAUUAUUGAAAGGUUCUAUAAUCUAGAUGUAUAUAUAAAUGCAAAUGACGACAAGCUGCGACAACCAUAAAGUUGACAGAUUGCAAAUGCAGAUCGCAUAUAGAAACUGACUGAGAGGAGCGCAACAGGAGAGAAGCGGAAGCUGAAACGAAAUUUGUGGCUGCAAAACAAGUAAUCAAGUGCAGGGUGGACACGGUGGAAGCAGAACGACAAACUGACCCCAUUGUAUACACUGCGUAUGCUUAAUAAGAGGGUGCGUUUGCGUGUGCGUGUGCGUGUGGAGAGUGUGGGACAGGAAGUUGACCAUUAAAGUGGCGGAAAUGACAGAGACAAAAUGUAUCGUUGCAAAAAUUGGUUUUGUGCCCGCAGCAACAACAACAACUACGUUGAUGUUGCACUAAACGAGUCCGGACUAACGUCAACGCCACCGAUACCCCCACCGCCCAACAACACCAGCAAUAGCAACAGUAAUAGCAUCAAUAGAGCACGAAACAAGGCCAAUAGCAAUCAGCAGCCAAACGCAAGCCGAUCAACGCCCACCGAUGAACCACCACAGGCAGCUCAUGUGGUUACCUUCCUGGAUGAUACGCCAAGUGGCAGCCACAAUGGUGGCGUAACCAGUAGCCGUAUUGUGACCACUGCUGAGCUGCAUCAAGCACACAUGCUGGAGCACCACUCUAAUCUGGAUGCCAUCGAGCAGGCCGAUGAUUUUAUCUACGGUCCGGGGGCAGGACUCUCACUAUGCGAUGAUAGCCUGCCCUCGGCGAAGAAUUGCUAUAGACUUGUAAUGCUCGGUUCAUCACGUGCCGGAAAAUCAUCGAUUGUGGCACGUUUCUUGGGCAAUCGGUUUGAGGAGGCAUAUACGCCAACUAUUGAGGAGUUCCAUCGUAAAUUGUAUCGCAUACGAAAUGAGGUCUUUCAAUUGGAUAUUUUGGAUACUUCUGGCUAUCAUCCGUUUCCCGCAAUGCGUCGUUUGUCAUUUCUAACGGGCGAUCUGUUUAUAUUGGUAUUUAGCAUGGAUUCGCGCGAAUCCUUUGAGGAGGUGGUGCGUCUGCGAGAGAAUAUACUGGAGACCAAGUGGGCGGCGCUCAAUCCUGGCUCAGGUUUCAAAAAGAAGAGCUUACCGAAAAUACCAAUGAUCUUAGCCGGAAAUAAAUGUGAUCGUGAAUUCAAAACCGUGCAGCUGGAUGAGGUUAUGGGUUAUAUAGCUGGUCAGGAUAAUUGCUGCACUUUCGUGGAAUGCUCGGCAAGGCAGAAUUAUCGUAUCGAUGAUCUCUUCCAUGCACUGUUCACCGUAUCCAAUCUUCCGCUGGAGAUGACACCCAAUCAGCAUCGACGUCUCGUGUCUGUCUUUGGGGCACCCUCGCCACUGCCACCGCAUGGUUCUGUCGGCUCCGGUGGCGCCAAAAAGAAUGCGCUGUCCAUCAAGCGUCGCUUCAGCGAUGCCUGCGGCGUUGUCACUCCGAAUGCGAGACGUCCUAGCAUCCGUACCGAUCUCAACCUGAUGCGCUCCAAGACGAUGGCAUUGAAUGAGGGUGGCGAGGGGGUGAGAAAUACAUCCCGCUGGAAUCGCUGCGUCCUUAUGUGAAACGCUUUCCGGACAGACUCUUGGCGUCCAUGUGAUAGUAGUGAGAAGGCCAGGAGAGAGAUAGAGAGAGAGAGAGAGAAAGAAAUAGAAAGAGAGAUCUUAAUUUUAAACGCAGCGUUUGUGUGAUUUCGUUAUGUAAUGUAAAUACUUGAGCACAUACUUAUACAUUAAUAGGUAGGGGUACAUGUAUGUGGCUUAGGCAAGCAAAUUAUAUUAUACAUAUAUGCAUUUUGCAUUUUUCGCAUUGUUAUUAAACUAUUGGCAAGGCAAACAAGUUAAGUAUAGAAUACAUAUUAUGCACAAUUAAUCACAGUUUCCACCCAGUUUCCAGGCCUACUAAAUACUACUCUAAACAGACCAAAAGCUAAUUUACUAUUCUGCAAACAAAAACUCUUUAAAUUUGUAUAUUUUUUUGAAGGUCACAUAUUUAUUUAAUUGACGCACCUAAACCAAAUAUGCAGGCGACAAUAAUGUUAGAAAGUACUUGGAAUUGGUAUUUGUUAUUCGACUCGGUUUAUAUAUAUUUAGAACAAAUGGAGAAGAUGUGAAUAGCUCAUAGCUAAUUUAAUUGUUAUUGUUGAUUGUUGUUGAUGUUAUCACAUUCUGUUCAGGCGCACACUUAACACACUUUCCACACCGAAAAUAUCCAACUUCCAACUUGCAUAUCAGCAGAAAAUCACCGAUACCGAAAAACUACAACUCUGGUCCAAUAAAAAACACUAUUGUAAAACUUGUACACCGACAAACCGAACCUUAGGCAAAUGAGAAAUAGUUCAAGCUAAUCUAUUCUAAAAACUAAACAUAUACAAAGAUAACAUAUGAGUAUAUAUAUUAUAUACUAGAAACACAUACAUCAUUUAUACAUACAUAUAGUGUUAAACCGAAUUUAUGUGUAGUAAAUUCGAGUUUCAAUUUAACCUAAGCAACAGCAACAAUUUUCGCGAGUUUAACUUAAAUAUUUAACUAAAGUAUUAUGGGUAAAGGAAUUAAACAAUUUGCAUAUGAACCAAAGACCAAAUUAACAUUACUAAAUAUAUACAAAACAUAUACCAAUACUUAUAUGCCUAAUAUAUAUACUAAUAUUUAAACUGAUCAAAAGGCGUUAACAUAAAGUUAUUUAAAAUUUCGACGCGAUUAUCGCAUUAUUCCAAGAAGUGCAAAUAUUUACAAUUUUCAUGAAUGGGACUUACGAAUCGAUUUGGGGUUAAUUUUUUAUUAAAAAAUAACAAACUUUAACAAUUAAUGGG